CGAAAGUACCUCGAGGUCGGGAUUGAUCGCAUGUGAAACCCGACAGGCGCCAGCCACAAAGUCAUCUCGCAGCCCACCAAGCACACACAAUUCGUCAGGAAAAAGAGAAUCCUGGGCCAGUUUUGUGACUGUAAAAUACCUACCGGUAGAACUGGAACAGGACGCAGGGUAAGCAGCCGAGGCCUUACUGGGUUAGCCAGUGUAGACGCCACCUACACCUAGGUACCUAACCAAGCCUUUGACAACGCUAUCCACACGCCGCAUCACUCUCCGCUCCACUGUACCUGGGUGGUAGGCAAGGUACAGUAAUUAUUUGGCCACCACCACCACCACGUACAUGCCUGUCUGGUCUACGUUCUCCUCUCCUCACCGGGCAAGCGUACUCCUCCUCCCUCCCUGAAUGCUCGACUCACCUGCAGGGGCAUACCGGUAGUACAGGUCGAGGAAAAAAAAGAAAAAAAGACCCCCCCAAACCGGCUGGUUGGCAGCUGCAAGCGUAGUACGGGCAUUGCGGAUACUGCUUGCUAGGACAAACCCUGACGAAACCGAGUAACAGAAACGACACCCUCGUCCGUCCCAUUUGAUCUGAUCUGCCUGCUGCCACCAAAAACCAAACAACAAAUCCAGUCGACCAGGGCUCGGCUCCUCCUCCACCACCUCCACUUGAUCCUGACGCUACUACUCUACUCCGUACUAUUAGUACCACCACCCACCACUCUACAGUACUAGUACCGGACCUGGCCUCUCCCCCUCCGGGCCCAUGAGUGGAACUUGGAAACUUUAUAUUCUCUUUUCUGGCUGUGUGUUUGUCUUGUGAUAUACACUUGCGACCACCCACAACCGGCCCUUCCCGCCCACCGCAUCUCUCAACUGCGGAUCCGCUAGAAACCCCUCUCGGCGACAGCGACAAGCCAUACAAACAGACGGACAGACGGACAGACGGACAGGCAUUCUCGCCUAAAAAAGCAAAAAAAGAAACUCUCUAGUUAAUAAGAGAGGGACCACUUGCAGCAUCUAUCUAUCUGCCUGCCUGCUUUAUCCACAUAACCGACCUGUCUUACCGACCAUCCAUCGACUUUCUCCCACCCGACGACCAUCCGUCCAAUCCCACCUACAGUACCUGCCUACUUCCAACCCACUCACUCACCUUGCCUACCCUCUUGGGCGCGAACCGAACCUUUUGGACGAUCGAUUGGACGACCACCUAUCUGCUUGCUUAGCUUGCCGCCCUACCUUUAGCCUCCUUCCAGAACUUCUUUUCGAAUGCGGGCACAUUCGAGGGGUCGUAUGCUGCACGCAAGCUUCUUUGCAUCAUCGCUCUUAGAUUUUGGAUUGGGAAUUUUCAAAACCGCCCCGCGCUGCCAACCACACCAAAUCAUUCGCUCCUACCGCGAUUGACUGUCGUUCGCUCAACGCGGCCCGAGCCUUGCCAACCAAUGCCUACCCGAUCAGUAGUGAUUAACGCCGCUCCGAGACAUACCGCGCCUCCCUCUUGUUACUUGCGCCCCGAGUCCCAUCACGCCCCGGCGCAUGCCAGUCGUGCCCAUCAGUCGUUCGUCCCUUGUCUCUUGACUUGCAGUCUACUUUCGCUCCAAUGAGCAGCUUCACUUUUGCGCCGCCGCAGGCGUUCCAGCCGCAACAAAAAAAUUAUGUCUUUGUCGAUGAGCACAAUCGCCAUAAGCGACUUAAGGUGAUGAGAGCAUGUGAGGGUUGCCGACGCCGCAAAAUCAAGUGCGAUGCAGCAACCAGUGCACAGUUUCCCUGUUCAGCAUGCCGUAGGCUUAAGCUCCACUGCGUCCGUCCAAAUGGCUUCGACGGCACCUCCGCUGAUGGCCAGUCAUAUGAGACUAUGGCUGGCGACUACGAGGAUAGCCCGCCUCAGCAGCCACGGACUGCCCAGCAGAAUAUACAGCACAUUCUCACAACGCCGGGUGCCCUGAAGCCGUCAUCGGCAACAUCCUAUGUACCUCAGACGGCUUACUCUGAUGCGUCCCCUGGAUCCAUGUAUAAUCCUUCUCGAUAUCAGGACAGCCAGUCACCCCACGCAGCCCUAUCUUAUAGCACACUGAACACUCCAGUUGGUGCCAUGGAGUCUGCAUUUGGCUCUCAUGACAUGUUUCCCAACCCGCCUGCGCAUAGGCCUUCAGUUCCUCACUCUCCUCCCGAGUCUUAUAGCAGCGGAGAUCAUGGCUCUGAUCUUGCAGAUUUGCUUGGGCCUCUGAAGCUCAAUGAGUUCGGAACAGCCCCGUAUCUAAACAACAAGAUGCGACCGAAACAGCAAGAAGAGGACCCUGUCGUGGGCGAGGAAGACGACUACAAGAGCUCACUGCCUCCUCUUCCUUCUGGACCAGGGCUCAAGAUUCGUAUCCCACCUGAACUGAUGCCAGAUGACGAUACGGCCCUCCACUACUUUGAUCUUUACUUUACCCAAGUUCAUCCUUAUGUGCCUGUCCUUGACAAGUCCAUGUUUCUGGACCAGUGGCAUAACAACCGCGAGUCCCUCUCACCAUUGAUUUUGGAGGCCGUCUUCACCGUCGCUGGUCGUCUAGCCGACGAGCCUGGGGAGGGUCAACAGUGGCUGGCACUAGCCACGCGACAUCUCGACUCGUUUAUGGAUGUUCCACGACUGAGCACACUGCAGGCGCUUCUUAUUGUUAUAAAGGCAAGAGAAGCCUCGCCGAAACGUGGUUACUACUUCAGGUCGUGGAUGUCCAUCGUUCAGUGCGUGCAGAUGGGCAAGGAUUUAUCCUUGGACGACCACUAUCAAGAUCACUUAGCAGGAAAGUCAUGUGGCUCGGGUCCCGCCGAAUGUCUGAUGAAGACACGUAUUUGGCAGACCAUAUUCAUCAUGGAACUGAUGAUCGGUUCGCCUCAAGGUCGAUACGAUUUGGCCGUACAAGAAGAUACAGUGGACCUACGCAUCCCACGCCUCACUCCUGGUGUAGAUGAUAGCGAGUACCAUGUUUCGCGAAACAUCACCUACAUGUCGCGCAUAGUAUGCAACGUGGCACGCGCGAACCGCUCGUAUGGUCGUGUUCGCAGAAAGGUCAACCGAGAUUGGGCUCUUGAGCCAGAGGUUGUACAACUCACGUCACUUUCCCACGCGUGGCUGAACGAAUUGCCCUCGGAUUUGGCUGUCAACUUCCCACCGGACGGAUCGCCCCCUUGGCUGAAUUCGGCCUUCAUCGGCAACAUGCACUCGUACUACUACCUCAGCAUUAUCAUGCUUCACCGUCCGCAACUCCAGCUACUUGAUCCCAACGGUGCUGAUGGCCAGUGGAAACAUCACAUGGUUGUUUGCUACUCAUCAGCGAAGCUCCUGUGCAGAUUGGAGGAGGCCAUCAUACGAUCCUAUGGGAUUGCUGGGUUGCAGUCUAUGCAGCGUGGUAUUAACUACACCAUUUAUUGCGUCUUGACAUGUAUCAUUCUUCAUCUGGUGGCCAUUACGUCGCCCGAUGCGGACCUGAACACAGAUGCCCGCGAGUACUUUACCCGCCAUAUGCGCAUCUUAGAGCGCUGCAUGGCGGCCUGGCCUAUGCCUGAAAUGCAGAAGCAAAUAGACGCGGUGCGUGAGGCCUUCUCGGCUGACAUGCGCAAGCCGUUUGUCCUGAAGCCGAGCUUCCCAUACGGCAGCCCAGCGACUACGCACUCGACACCGCCACGUUCAGCAGCAUCAAGAGUUGGACCCAUGGAUCAGUUGUCGCAGCAGUCUUUGCGACUUCCCACGCAGUCAUCGCAACAACAGCAAACAAUGUCGAUGGCGGACCCAUCGGUAACUGCCUGGAAUCCCACCAGGUUAUUUGAUCAAUGGAACUCAACCUUUGGCGCCAGCGAGGUCCCGACACUGCAAGACAUUCAAGCCGCGCAAUCGACCAUGACUGCAGCCAAUUUGCACCAGCAUGCAGCAGCUGCGCAGACCUAUGCCGCCCAGGCACCAGUUCCCAAUUUUGUCACGCCAGCCAUGUGGCAAGAGUCGGUGGCUAGCGUGUAUGAAGGCGGGAUCAAACGUGGCUGGGAUUACGAGGCUACCGGAAUGGACAUAAAACCCCAUCGGACAUGAUGCGCGAGUAUCCAUGGAGUACCGUACCCCAAACCCUUUGGCGCUUAACUUAGAUUCACUAUAAGUGGCCGAACCGAUCAGCGCGACUGUUCAAGGAACUGACGGCUGCCACCCGAUGGUGUUGCCAAAUCCAAUCAUGACCGGCCACAGGACUUCGUCGACAACAUGACUCUGAUCCGCCAUUCACCGAUCGGCUUCCUGGCCGGGAAAGGAUAACCACGGAUGCUGGAACAGUUAUGCCCAACUAUAGGGAUUGUGUCAUUGGGCCGAAUAGUUUUCCAUGGCAGCAUCCCUGCCACGCGGGACCCAGCGCGACUACCGGUCUGUAUCGGCUGCCGGAUUUUCCGAUAUCGACUGGAUGGAAAGAUUGGAAGGCAUAAUUUCGAUGCACGGAUUUUCGAACGGAUGAAUACAGAGACGAAACUGCAAGGGUGCAAUGUGUCUUGCUCUCGGCUACGAGGCGAGUAUCUACAUGCGCGAGUUGCUUUCGUUUCCGUUAUGAAGCUUGAUGAUUCUCAGAGAACGAGACAUGACUUUUUAUCUGUACAAUAUAUCGUUGCGGGUUUAUGAAGACAUGUGGUGGAAGCGACGAUAUCUUCGGCCGAAGAAAAUAAUCUGUAAGAUAACAUUUAUGGUCGAUGGAGGAUACAAGUACAUUUUUUCUGUUCCUUUUUCGAUAUGAUCGGUCUUGUGUAUUUUCCUCAGUUCUCUUCUAGCCAUGGGGCCCGGAGCCCCUCUUUGGUGUAUAUAUAUACCCUUGACGUACACGAACGGUGGAUUUAUAUAUAUUUUACUUUCCCAAG